GGGAGGUCGACACAUGUGUUUGUGGUGAUCACAACAAGGGCUGUCUAUUUCAUUCAUAGCGUGCAGCGUGUGUAUCGGAUUGUACUUCAGACGUACGCAUGUCGCCUUAUGCAGGUGCUUAGUUAAGGAGAAUCAUCAGUCUAAACAUCGGAGUUUCGUGUGAAGGAAUGUGUGCUUUGAUGAACGAGUGCACUGACCGCAUGUGAGCGAGGAUGCCACUCUGGACAAGAUGUGGGACCUCUGUCAUGACCAGCAGUGGAGGCAGCGACGAGGGCGGCAGCACAGAAGACCAGCCGAUGGAAGAAGACGAAGGUCAUGAAGGUCAAGGAGAGCAGACGGCGACGCAGGGGUCGGUUGGGGGGUUUGAACUUCUUGUACGCAACGUGGCCAGUCUUCUGUCCGACACUGUGCUUGGCUACUUCCGGUCACCACAAAAGAAAACCGCCCCGCCGCUACCACCACCAGCACCCCCUCCCUCCAUGGCUACUUCCUGUAUAGAUGUCAUUGUCACGGAUUUGUCCUCGCAGCCUGAGUUGUCGUUACUGAAUGAAGCAGACGAGACUAUCAUAGUUUUAACGCCAUCGGAAACUGACACGGACCGGAAGUCAACAUCUGAGGACAACACAGUGGAGGACAUUGACGAGGUGUUGUCUUCAACGUUAGGGGCCCUGUACGGGCGAGCAACACCAGCAGUGGUGAGACAAGCGUGGGAGGUCCUCAACAACAACUACGGCGAUGAUGUGGACAGGUUUAAAACUGAGUUCCUCAACCCUGUUCUGGAGUUACUACACACCAUACUGGAGAUACAAGACACGAGCGACUGCCCUAAUAGCACCUGGCCCCUGAGUGUGGGCAGUUCCGUGGCCGUCCACCUGACCAAGAGAAACUGCCGCUACCUGCGGGAUAUCGGCGACUUCUGCAUCAGUGUCGACGUGCUAGCAGACAAGGGCCAGGCCGCCAUUUUUGUGUGCGACCUGACGUUUGAUGGCGUGGUGGAGAGGACCGUAGAUGAGCCAGAGUUCGGCUCACUGCUCACCAUGGACUGGGCACGUCGGGUGCGCGAGGCACGAGACAGCGAGCUUGCCUUUGUACUGCGCCAGUGCAUGGUGGCCUCGGAGUACUCUGUCCGCCACUUACGCUGGGAUGAAAUCCCCCAGCUGGACCCCAGGAAUCUGAAGGGACUGGCCCUGGUCGAGGGGCCGCGGGUCAGACGCUGCUCUGGUGAUGAUGUUCUGUCUCCUUCAGAUUCAGACAACACCAACAACUCAGGCCUUGUACAUAGCGUCGGUGCCUCCAAAGACUUGAACCCUUACCAUAUAUCCUGCCCUGAUACUCUACCGCUAAUAGACAACAUCGUUGAUCCAAUACAGGAGGAUUCAGAUAGGAUUAGCCAUCCCACUGUUGAACCAUCACCCCUCCACCAGCAAGCUCCACUGCCUCAUUCGCCCAACACUGACGACCACAGACACUGUCAAGCAUCGUCCCAUCCUAACUCUGCACCUGAUCUCGUCAGUACACCACACUGUCAAGCAUCAUCCCAUCCAACCCCUGCACAAGAUCUCAUCAGUACACCACAAUGUCAGUCAUCAACUCACCCAACCCCUGCACAAGAUCUCAUCAGUACACCACCAUGUCAGUCAUCAACUCACCCAACCCCUGCACAAGAUCUCCCCACCAGUACACCACCACACCCGUGUCAACCCCCUCACUCACCGUGUCCACCCCCUCACUCACCGUCAGCACACCGCUCACACACGGGACUCAGCCACUACGGCACGUGGCACGGCUCUUGUAAAUCUUCUAGGACUUGUCUAUCUACCUCAGACAGUAUCUCACCGCCACAACCUCAUGGAUUACCUCACCAUCAACCGCCCAGUUCUCAGGACUCGAGUGAUGAGAGCAAAGAUCCCUCAGCAGUAGAGGAACACAGCAGCAGUCAACUAGCCAGGAGGCAACUGGCUGUACCACUGUCCAUCUCUCAGGUGGAUAAUGAUCUACUUUGUUCUGGAGUUGCCAUUUUACCAGGGUGUAGAGACGAAGAAGGGCGAGAUUUAGUGUACAUAUUUACGUGCAGCAGCCUGUGGUAUGACAGACGUGUAAACAGCACAGAAUUAGCUAGACUUCUCAUGUAUUAUUGCACUGUGCCUAGAAAAAGACCUCCUGGUCAGGGUCUAGCCAUAGUUGCUGACAUCCGAGGUGCCACAACUUCUACAGUCAACAUUCUUUUAGAAUCUUUAUAUCUCUUAAAGGACAAUCUCCCUGACUCUGUAGCCAUUGUACAUUUGUUUGCUGACAAAACAACACAGUCCUAUGUCAUCAAGUCUCCUGUAUAUGAUGUCAAAGCUAACUUAAAUUUAAAAGUGGACCUAACAUUUGACCACCUCCAACAGUAUGUCAGUCUUGAUCAGAUUCCAACAGUGCUAGAAGGCACAUAUCCCUACCAUCAUGAAUCCUGGGUGCGUUUCAGGAAGAAACUUGAACCAUUCAUGCUAAACUGUCGACUGGUUGCGUGUCGGCUGGUUGAUGCCAUGCAGCUGAUGUCAUCCAGUGAGAAGAUGCCCCAGAGUGUCAGCGAGUCAGCGGAGAUGAUACAGGCUCAUGAGCUGGCCGUCAAGAUGGCCUUUGAGGAUGAGACCCUGCUGGCACUACAGAGUGAUGGUCCAGCCAUCAUCAGCGCACUCAGGCGAGAGGAGGAGUCCUUCUCACACUCUGAGGAUUAUAGUUUUGCUAUGGAGCAAGUUUCUGACCUUCAUGAACACCUUCAAGAUUCCAUAUCAAGACUUGCCAGAUUGGCUGACUCUCGCAUGAACAAACUUCACAACUGUCUGCAGCUCAGAGAAUAUGAGGACGAGUGCCACAAGGUGAUUGACUGGCUGUCACAAGAUGGCGACUCCAUCCUCCAGCGGCACGCCGUCACAGCAGAUAACCUCAGGGCAGUCCGCCAUCAACAGAAGGAGUUUGAGAAGUUCUACUACUCGUCUAUGUCUUACAUAGAGAAAGGCAAUGAUCUGCUAGAGGAGGCGAGCAUGCUGUCUCAGUGCGGCAACUUCUCUGAAGCCACGGGCUACAAGGAUUUGGCCAAGACCUUAAAGAGGCAGCUACAGACCUUCACUGGGCAGCUGGAGGAGGCGAGGGAGAGGAUAGAAGGCACCGCCAAGUGCUACCAUCUGCUAGACAAGAGCUACGAAUGGGCCCUAGAAGCGAUGAAGUACGUGUCCAGCAUGAAGAUGGAACACAGCACCAGCUCAGACGGCCUGGACAAGCUGUUGAAGAGCUUCACCAUCUAUCUGUCCCAGCACCCACCCAUCAGCGAGGACAGCUUCACCAGCAUGCUGGAGGCUGCUCAAAGGUUGAGGAAUGACAAGUUACUGGAGCAAUGUCGGGUGGCCAAAGCUCGCUGCCAGGAAACCCACCAACUCCUGCUGUUGAGACAGACCACCCUGAGACGGGCCAGGAACCAGAUGGAGGUGGAGCAGGCCCUGAAGGAAGAUGGCGCCCAUCAUGGGGUCAACUCUCAGGCUGGCUUUGAUAGCCGCCCAGCUGAGCACAUCACUCAAGAUCUCACUAGUGACUAUAGACAUGUUGCAGACAAUGCUUCUGUGUGCUCCACGCCAUCCACAGCCAACAACAGCUCAUCUUACUUCAGCCACAGGGCCGCUGGGGAUGGGAUGGAGCAGAGUCCAGUCUGGGAACCACAAGAUUCCAGCACGCCCACAUUCGCCAACUGGCACGGCGCUGGCGAUGGCUCCAAGUUCUCCAGAAAAAUGAACUACAGGCCAGAAAACAUUCCAGUAGAGACAUUUGACGGCAGCACCUCAGCUCAGUUCCUGUACCCAGCAGCGCCAUCCAGCACCUACAGCAGCGACGGCAGCUCCAGCAGCAGCCCGACCAAAGCCCCAUCUACAUCACCAGCAUUUGUUACACUACCCGUCUCCCCAACAUUGACCACACCUGAGGUACCCUCCAGGUUCAGACUAUACAACUCCCCCCCUGCCAGGCUAGCCCCUGGCCAGACCGCCCCCAACACCAUCAAGCUGAGUGUGGGCCGCACCAUCUCCCAGCCCGCCCAGUGUGUUCAGAGUCUCCCAGCUGGGGCCGCGCCCUCAUCUAGACCUCUCAAGAAGAUGCUCAAACGGGCAAGCACGGCGCCAGUGCCCAUGUUGACCUCACCUAUAAUGGAGGAAGAGGUCAGUUCUUCAGGUCAGCAGCCAGCUCAGGACACAGAGGCUGGUGGAGCAAGAGAGAGAAGAACAGGGAAGUCUGUCAGCAUGAUCAGUGGCAGCUCAGAAUCUCUGCCAAGUAUGCCAGAAGAAGUGGAUGACCUGGACAUGAGCCCUAGCCGCAACAACCCAGAGAUGACCAGCACCAAAGACUGGGCCCCAGUGCCAGUCAACACCCACCUCCACAGGCCCACCAGGGGGACCCCAACUGGCCCCAUGGCUGACCUGCGCCUGUCUGAAGCAGAGAUCAAGAGUCGUAGAACCGUGUCCCUUAUCAUGUCUGAGAUGAUCCAGACAGAGAGGGAUUACGUCAGGGCCCUGCAGUUCAUCACGGACCACUAUGUGACAGAGCUACAGAGGGAGGACGUGCCUCAGAUGCUGCGGGGCAAGAGGACAGUCAUCUUUGGUAACCUGGAGAAGAUUCAGCAGUUCCACAGCCAGUACUUCCUCAAACAGCUGGAGAGUUGCCAGAACCAGCCCUUCUUGGUGGGACAAUAUUUCCUGCAGCAUGAGACCAUGUUCUAUCUGUAUGCCCUGUACAACAAAAACAAACCCAAGUCUGAUACACUCAUGAUGGAGUAUGGAAAAGAUUUCUUUCGGCAAAAACAGCUAGAGCUGGGUGACAAGAUGGACCUGUCCAGCUACCUGCUCAAGCCUGUACAGAGGAUGGGCAAGUACGCCCUGCUGCUCAAACAGCUGGUCAAGGAAUGUGCUGAGACUGAACCAGAGUAUCCAGAGCUUAAGGCUGCUGAAGAAAUGGUCAAGUUCCAACUUCGACAUGGAAAUGAUCUCCUUGCUAUGGACUCACUCAGAGAUUGUGAUGUAAACCUACAAGAACAAGGGAGACUACUGAGGCAGGAAGAGUUUCUUGUGUUUCAGGGUAGAAAGAAGUCAAUGAGAAGAAUCUUCUUGUUUGAAGAUCUGAUUUUGUUCAGUAAAACAAGAAGAGGCAGGCAGGGUCAGCAUGACAUUUACAUCUACAAGACAAGCUUUAAGACUGCUGACAUUGGUAUGACAGAGAACUAUGGAGACAGUGGCUACAAGUUUGAGAUCUGGUUCAGGAGGCGGUCAGUGGGGGAAAACUAUGUCCUGCAGGCGCCAAGUACAGAGGUCAAGAAGGCCUGGGUCAAGGACAUUUCUAGGCUGCUGUGGAGACAGGCCAUUAGGAAUCGAGAAACCAGAAUCAAUGAGCUGGCUACAAUGGGCAUCGGCAACAAACCGUGUAUGGACAUCAAGCCAAGUGAAGACAACAUCCAGGACCGCUCCAUCAACAUUUCUCUCAACAACAGGGGAGCCCGCACCAGAAACUCUAUAGCCGUUUCUUCUUUUGACUAUCUUCGUAACGGCAACAAGCGUCCACAUUCCAUCAUCUCCGUCAGCUCUACUUCCUCGUCUGGCUCCAGCCAAUCAUCAUUUGGGUUACUGGGAUCUUUAAAUCUGGCUUUUGACCCCUUGGACAGUCCAAGGAUGAACAGACGAUCAUUUGCAUCAAAUGAGAGUGGGAUAGUGGCAGACAGUGAGACCUCAGGGGCCGCAGACUUUGGUACAGAGAACAGAGGACCCCAGUUCCGCAGGGCCAGCCAGGGCAACAACGCCCCACUGUCUUCCAUGAGGUCCUACUUUGAUGUCAUGAAAUCUAGGGUACUCAAACAGAAAUAUUCCGACCAGGUCUACACAGAUGUAUGAUGAAUGUCUGCCUGCUAAAGACUGCCAGAGACACACGUUAGACAGCAACAUCAUGAAACUAACCAUCAGACUUUGGUUUAGCUGCAGGAUUCACCUACACUUGAACAUGUUUUAGAAAUGUUCUAUUUUUUGACGCUAUACAUCUAAUUUUUUUUAGAUCAUCUUAUUACUUACACUGCUUUGUGAAUGAUGUUGAAACUCUGUAGUAUAGAAUAGAGUAUUUCUCUAUUGUUGUAAAUAGUCUCAUGUUUUUAUAUAAGCAUUAUAAAACAUUACCAAAGGGUCCAAUGACUUGCCAUGUUAAUGUAACAUUUCCUCCUAUGGGUCCACUCUCCUGUAUAACACAACUAGCCACAUCGUGCAGGGAGAAUCAGCCUCCACUGGUGCUGGUGUUUCUGUCACCAGCCUCCACUGCUGUUGGUGUUUCUGUCACCACCUCCACUGCUGUUGGUGUUUCUGUCACCCACACACCAUCUAGUCUCUCCACACUCUGUUGCACAUUCUCAAGAUGAUUUGGCCUACUGUGGUCUGACAGAUAAUAUACAUUAGCUAAACAAACACAAUGAUUUAGCCUACCUUUAGCCUAUACAUUAAACUCACUGAUAUAGCCAGCCUGCUAUACCAUAUGUAGCUCAGAAAUAGCCUCUACACA